CUAUGGUGUGAACAGCAACUGGAGUUAGUUUUAACAACAGGGAAAAGGAGAGAAACAGAAGCAAUGCGAUUAGGUAUAGAAAGACAUGAAGUGUUAGAAAAAGCAGAUCAUCUCAUAAUUGAUGUGGAAGUAAAUACGAGAGAAGAAUCCUUAGGAUACCGUCUACUGAACACAAUUACCCUCUUGGGACAACUAUUUGAAUGUAAGAAGGCAAGAGAAGUGUGGGUUUUUGGGAUCAUUAGAGGCUACGUAUUAAGAGGCAUAAUUGAUGAGUUAAGAAUUGAAUAUGAUAACGUUUCCAGGAGGGAAUACUUAAUAAUUUCUGAUACGAAAACGAGGAAGGAAAAAAAGGAACCAAGUCUUGCUCAGAAGAGAACGUCUGCUAUACAAGUACAAACGUAUUGCCUACUGCUACAGAAUUUAAGAAAUGGAAAAGCGGACUUUAAAAAGCUGUUUGAAAUAUACGAAUGCGAUCCCAUGUUUGAAUUUACCGCUAUUGAUUUGAUAAAAUAUAAAAACUUGGAAAAUUUAUCCAAAGCAGUAAAUUGUCUCUUUCUCAGACUUCCAAAGAUUAAAGAAGAAAUGGAGAUUGUGUAUGAACACCAAGGAGUUGAAUUUUCUCGAAAUCACAUCCCUUAUUUUUACCACUCCACUUUGUAUACUAUUAACAUUUUGUUGGAUUACUGGGACGGCAAGCGCUCCAGUGACGUGGUGGAAAACUCCGACAAAUGGAAAUGCAAGUUUUGUGACUUCGUCAGGAACUGCGUCAGGUGCCCUUUGGACGCCUAA